ACGGCGGCACUGAGCAUGUCGCGGGCGGCGGGCGGCGAGUGCCGCAAGGAAGCGGCGGCCUGGUAGGGAGAGGACGGGCAGUGCGACUCGGGCAUCGAGUCGCUGCGCUCGCUGCCGGGCGGCAAGGAGACCCCCGCCGCCUCCGAGGCCGCCCCUGAGACCCUCGCCGAGACCCUCGCCGAGACCACCGCCGUCGCCGAGGAGCGGCUGGACUCCAGCUACGGCUCCGGCGCCCUUCCUGAGGCUCUGCCCGGGCUGCCGGGCGUUCCGGAGAGCCGUCCCGAGGAGCCGUCGCCGCCGGCCGAGGGGCUCAGCCGGCAGCAGCUGGACGCGCUCACCUACCUUUCGGAGGACGGAGACACGUUGGUUCAUCUGGCCAUUAUCCACUGUGUCCCAGCUGUAGCACUCUGCUGCAUUGCUCAGCUACCCAGGGAGGUGCUGGAGAUACAAAAUGAUCUUUUCCAGACCCCGCUCCAUCUUGCCGUGUACCUGGAGCAGCCCCGCGUGAUCCAGGCACUGAUCCACAAGGGAGUGAACCCCGGGCUGCAGGACCGCAAUGGCAACACCCCGCUGCACCUGGCCUGUGAGCAGCAGCACCUGCAGUGCGCCCAGCAGCUGCUGGAGAGCACAGCCCCACCGGAGGGCACAGCUCAGCCCCACAGGCACCACCAGGACCUGCAGCUCCAGAACUGGCAAGGCUUGGCCUGUCUCCACAUCAGCACCUUGAAGGGGAACAUCCCAAUGAUGUCUCUGCUGCUGGAAAGUGGCGCCAACAUCGAUGUUCGGGAGGGCACGAGUGGGAAGACCCCCUUGCACCUGGCUGUGGAGUGCCACAACCGCAAGGCUGUCCAGUUCCUGCUGCGCAACGGGGCAUAUGUGGAUGCCCAGAUGUACAAUGGUUGCACCCCGCUCCACCUGGCUGUGGGCCGCAAGGAUGCUGCCAUUGCCGCCAUCCUCUCACACUCUGGGGCCGACACUCUUCUGAGGAACAUGGAGAAUGAGACAGCCCAGGACCUGGCUGAUGGCAAUGAUGAUCUCCUCGCCUUGCUGCCCUUCGAUGACCUGAAGAUCUCAGGGAAGCCUGUUGUGUGCUCUGAAUGAGCAGCUGGACUCCUUUGGCCCAUUGGGCUGCCUCCUAGCUCCGUGCUGCUGCCUGCUGGAACCUUGCCUGCCUGCAGUUCCGUAGGAGCAGAGUCACUCUGGGAGACUUAUUCCCCCGCCUCUCUGCUCUUUGGAAAAGUUUUGUUGGCCUCAGGCUGCCUUCCCAGACAGAAGAAAGUGGCAUUUUGAGCACUACACAGGGGAGGCUUUUCUUUCAGUAUCUGUACACUGCAGCAGGACUGAAUUUCCCCUCCUGGCCGUGGGCCUGACUUGUGGGGGUCUCCAGAAUAAACAGGGAAGGAGCAGGAGAGGACUCGUUUUCACACUGUUCGGCAGAUGGAGCAUCCUCUGGCACCCCCAAACGCCAUCAGAAUAAGUGUGGGGUGAGGAGAGUCUACACUCACUCUAAUAAAUGUUUGUUGUUGC